AUGGAAGUCUGGACUGAGAAUAAGGAGCACUCCGUGGAAGGCCACAACCUCACGGGCACACUCAAUUUCAAGGGCGAAAGGAUCUGGGGCCCCAGGGGCUGCCACGACAACACGGUCAGUCUGGGAGCGGCCCUUCAAGCUGCUGACUGGCGUUUUGCCAUGUCAUUCGAGCGCAAGAGCCAUUCAGUCGAAGGACACGUUCGCUACAUCAGCGUCAAGGGCUGGAACGGGAAACUCAUCCUAGACAAACUCAGUACCCACGACAGUAUGGAUUCUCUCGCCAGAGUUGUCAUGCAGAAAGUCAGAGAGAAUGGGCCCCCUUAA